GGGCCUUUCCCGAUUUCCCCAAAAUCUUUAAAUACCCAAUUUUCCCAAACCCCUGAAAAGUUGAAACCUGGGAACUAUUGAAACAAUGUUGAGGCUGGCAUCAAAGAGGCUGCUAGAGCUAGCGUCGCGCGAUGCUGCACCGUCACGGACGGUACAGAUUCUGCCGCGGCUUUACCACGAGAAUGUGAUCGACCACUACAACAAUCCUCGGAACGUUGGAUCGUUUGAUAAGAACGACCCUAACGUUGGGACGGGCUUGGUUGGCGCUCCGGCUUGCGGCGAUGUGAUGAAGCUGCAAAUCAAGAUCGACGAGAACACGGGGAAAAUCACGGAUGCUUGCUUUAAAACCUUCGGCUGUGGGUCGGCCAUUGCUUCUUCUUCUGUAGCUACUGAAUGGGUGAAAGGGAAGAGCAUGGAGGAAGUGUUAACCAUAAAAAACACAGCGAUUGCAAAACAUCUUGCGCUUCCCCCAGUUAAGCUGCACUGCAGCAUGCUUGCAGAAGAUGCUAUCAAGGCAGCUGUGAAAGAUGUAGAGGCUAAACGUGCCAAGUUAAAUGGCAGUUCAGAUGCUGCACCUGUUGAGAAGGCUGCUGAUGCCUGAUACCUGUGUAUAUGCUGAGAAAAAAAAAAAUUAAUCUGAAGACUUGCUGCACGUAGCACAUCUAGAGUUUCCCCAGCAUCCUGCAAAGUCAGUUGGACAGCAACAAAACGGAAGCUGAGGAACUCUAAAAAAACUAUGUAGAGGACACACUUAAAAACUUCUGAUAAUAUUAGGGGAUGUUUGAUCCAUGACUAUUAGCUAAAUUAUAUAUGUGAAUUAAGUCUUGCCUCAACCUAGAUAUAUAAUGUGAUAUUGUUUGAAGCUGUUGUAGACUUCUCUCACCUUUUAUCAAGUAUGAGGUUUUGCAAUUGACCUUUUUUUUUU